CCCCACCGGCGCCGAGCCGCGCAGCCGGCGCCACGCAGCUCCUGCGAGCUGAGCGGACUGCGAGCCCCAACUUCCCUCGCCGAGCUUGGAGGCCGGGUCCACUCUGCGUCCCCCUCCCCCUUUCCAAGAAACUUAUCCGGGAGGCUCGGGCAUCGCAGUGCCCGCACCUGGAGCGACAUCUCGGCAUGGUUCUCCUGUCACUCUGGUGGGUCGUGACCGCGCUGGCGGAGGUCCGGAUCUCCGCGGACGCACGGGCUGGUAAUGAAGAAAUGGUGCAAAUAGAUUUACCAGUGAGGAGGCACAGGGAAUAUGAGUUAGUAACUCCAGUCAGCACAAGUCUAGAAGGACGUUAUCUCUCCCACAUGCUGUCUGCAAGUCACAAAAAGAGGUCACCAAGAGACGUGUCUUCCAACCCUGAGCAACUGUUCUUUAACAUCACUGCAUUUGGAAGAGGUUUUCAUUUGCGCCUAAAGCCCAAUACUCAACUAGUAGCUCCUGGGGCUGUUGUGGAAUGGUAUGAAACCUCUCCAGUGCCUGGGAAUAUAACCAACCCUGUGAAUGACCAUCAACCUGGAAGUGCUUCAGAAGGAGUCUGGAGAACAGAGCCUUUGCAGAGCAACUGUGCUUAUGUCGGUGACAUUGUGGACGUUCCAGGGACCUCUGUUGCCAUUAGCAACUGUGAUGGUCUGGUAAGACUCAUUCCCUUUGAGUGUGCAUGUAUAUGGGUGUGUGUGCACACACAUGUUGGGGUGCAAUGUGUCUUUGGCAUGGUUUGGAAGAUAGAAGUGUGAAGGAAGCUCCUAAUUCACUGUUAGAUUUUAAGUUCAGAGAAAAGCAUUAGGAAGUACUUUACUGUCAAAGGUGUAUGCAUUGACUUAAUCUAAGAUGUGAAGACAGCAUUAUCCAAGAAACAACAGACAACUAUCCUAGCAUGUUUUUCGUUUUUCCUUGUGGUAUAUUGGGAGAUUUUGUUGCCUUAUUUUUUUAAAACUUCCUGAAAACUGUCUAAAGAAACAUAGAUUCCACUAGAAGGACUGUAUUUCACUUUCUAUGUGGAAACUUUGGGUAUCGUCAUAAAGUAUUUGGAAAGCAUUCUUUAGCUUUCUAACAGAAUGAUUAAGUAGAAAAUGAGCAGAUUUCUUGUCAGAAUUUGCCCAAACAGCAUGACAUUUUGAACAUGAGAUGUACCUUGGUGUGAUAGCUUUGAUUUUUCUCAAAUAAAAUGCUAAUAAAUUGCAUUUUGGUUUUGGAGCUGAGGCCAACAAUAGCCACUCCUCCUUUCUGAUUGUGCAGGUGUCAUGUGUUUUUAUGGUUUUGUGUCUCUGGUGUCUCUUGGGAAUCAUGUCAGUGUUCAUGCAUCUUCCAUGCACAGCUAACUCCAGGUCUCCAUUCAGAAAAAGCAACUGGCUUUUUCCUGUGGUUUUCAGGUUGCUGUUUCUUGGGAAUUCAGAGCUGUUACUAUUACAGAGCUGCUGCUCCUUGGAGUUCUCAGAGUAUCCCAUUCUUUGUAAUAAUUACCCUGUUUUGGUUGCUCUUUGACUAUAAGUACCUUCAAUAUUUUGCUUUUAUCUUCUAGGCAUACUGUUAGCAGUACAGGUACAGCCCAGUUGAGAUCUGAUACCAUGUGUUUUACCAGAUGCUGAUGAAUGAAUUGUGUUUUAGGCUCUAGUUUCCCAGGCUUGCACUAACUCUUAAUACCCUGCACUUUUUAAACUUGGUGCAGGAAACUGUAUAACAUGUGUGCAACAGGUACAGGUCUCUUAACUCGGCUGUGUUAGUGUAGAAUCUGCACCCUUACACUGGGUGGUAGACCUUCUUCUGGGACUGAAGACAUAGGGAAUCACUCACAUUCUUGUCGUUCUAUAUAAAAGAUCGAGUAGACUUGAAUUAGUUUGUUUUUGAAUUAAAAAAUCAGGACUUUUAGAAAAGAAGACUGAAUGAGUUUGGAUUCAAGUGUUGUUGGAGAGGGGCUUUGACUCAGUGCUACAAUACGAAAGGAAACUCUACUCAAUGGUAUUGUUUUAUAACACUUGAGUAACAUCUUAUAGAAUUAAUCUUAAAUCGAGUGUUAGUUUUUAAUUUCACAGUAUAAAAGUUAUAUACUAUUUCAGUUAAGAUUUGAAACUUUGGGAUAUUGGCUUGAAAAUAGUUUAAGGAAGGAAAAUUGUAAAGAAAUCAUUUUAAUGCAUUAUCACAGUAAUAUUUAAAUCUAGCUUAAUAAUCAUGGUUUUUCUUACCAUAUGUGUCAAAUUAUCUAGUCAGAGAUACAGAAAUCUAGAGAAAUAAGUUUUUAUGAGGAAAAGGGAAAUAGAUUUAAAGUGUGAAGGAAAGUUAUUAGAAUUGUUCAAUUUUUCAUGUUUAAGAUAUAGCAUUAACUAUUGAUGUCAUGUAUGAGUCAGCAUAAUAUAAGUGUGUAUGUGUAUAAAAGUUGUGCGCUGUAAGUGUUCAUUGUUUCAUUCUUUGGUCCAUUAACUAAUUAUUUUAAAAACAUUGGUAGGAAGCCAAUUAUGGGUCUAGCACUAUUCCAGGCACAGUAAAAUGAUGAAAAAAAUAAUCAUGGUUACAUCCUUUGGAGCUUAAAGAUAAUAAGUUAGUCAUAGAAUUUAAGUGUCAAAAAUCUGGCAAAAAUUUACUUCACAUAUAUAUAUUUAAAUAUAUGUAUACUUGAAAAUGUAUAUGAAGCAUAUUUGUCUUAGAUCAUCAUUAAGGGAAGUAUCUUCUGCAGAGAUUUUAUGAAUGAGACAGUUUGUAAGCAGAGAGAGACCCAGACCUUGGGCUUGAUCCAGAAAGACCAGGUUUGGCUCAGCAGGCAGUGCUCCAUGCUCAGAUGGAAGCCUUUUCUAGAGUUUCCAGCUCCUUCCAGCUGGGUGCCUGGAAGAAGAGAGCAGUUGGUGACAGAAACACAAGCAGGGCUCUGGAGAGCAGGUAAGGAGAGUUGAGGGGCCUUGAUCAGAGCCGUGGGUGGUCAGUCCACUGUAGAAUGGAGCAAUAGAGGCUUAGUGUGGGAUGUCCUACUUGUGUGCUGUGGAACAGUGGCUCAUGGGAGGAGCCACAGGUCCUGCUCACAAAGUCUUAUCGGUUCACAGCAAGGCCCUCUCCAUGAGCAAAAUCCUUACCUUUUUUUCUCUUAUGCUGCCUCAUCAGGUGCGAUGUGAAUUUGAAAUGUGGCAAACAUGAGACAGAAUUAAUUUGUAUUACACAGAAUGGAUUUUGUGUAAUUAAAAAGCCGCACAGUUCCUCAAAGUGUGUAUCAUAGAGUCAGGUUUGUGUUUAGAUACAGUGUAACUGAAUUAAAUUUUUUAUAGUAAUUUAUUACUUUAUAUAUGAUGAACCUAAUAAAUUUUAAAGUGA